UGAUCUCGCAAGAAUUACGUAUGUUACUAUCGCGAGGAUAUCACAUUAGCUUGGCUUAUUAGCAGGCCACCGAAAGAUUCAUCGCAGUCUGUGUUGUAAUUCACAAAUGUUCUCCUCUCGGAGAAAGCACUCGGGCUAAGUGUCAUCACUUGAUACCUCUCCGCGUCAACAAGAAAGGAAACAAACACCGAAGCUCGCGUUGGACGGCUUCCAAUGAUGAGUUAUGCUGAAAAGCCUGAAGACAUCACAAAAGACGAGUGGAUGGACAAAUUGAACAACGUGCACAUUCAGAGAGCGGAUAUGAACCGGCUCAUUAUGAACUACCUGGUGACCGAGGGAUUCAAAGAGGCGGCGGAGAAGUUCCGGAUGGAGUCUGGUAUCGAGCCCACUGUGGACUUGGACUCUCUGGAUGAAAGGAUAAAGAUCAGAGAAAUGAUACUGAAGGGACAGAUCCAGGAAGCCAUCGCACUCAUCAACAGUCUGCACCCUGAGCUGCUGGACACCAACCGAUACUUGUACUUUCAUUUGCAGGCCAUACGUGAUCCAGCCUUGUUUCAUCACUUGUGUGUCAUUCCCCUGGCACAGCAGCAACAUUUGAUCGAGCUCAUCCGGCUAAGGGAGACAGAGUUGGCGCUGGAGUUUGCCCAGACACAGCUGGCCGAGCAGGGGGAGGAGAGCCGCGAGUGUCUUACAGAGAUGGAGAGAACACUUGCCCUGUUGGCCUUCGACAACCCUGAGGAGUCGCCCUUUGGAGACCUACUCAACAUGAUACAACGGCAGAAGGUGUGGAGCGAGGUGAACCAAGCUGUGCUGGACCAUGAAAAUAGGGAGUCCACUCCCAAAUUAGCCAAACUCCUCAAGUUACUGCUCUGGGCGCAGAACGAGCUGGACCAGAAAAAAGUGAAAUACCCGAAAAUGACUGACUUGAGUACGGGAACCAUCGAGGACCCCAAGUGAGCCCAACCACCAGACUUUGUAGGCCCCCUUAAUUUAUGAUCAACUGUGCGGCUGUUGCAGUUGGAUAGUGUGCUAAACUAGAUUUUGCUGAGGUUUUUUUUUUUUUUUUGACUGAACUUGGUCAUCGUGACUCUGUUGCAUUCAAACAGUACCAUCCAAGUUACCAUGGCGCUAUACAUAGGUGCCUUGAGAUAAGAGUGACCCAGUUUUUCAACAUACGAGCAGUCAUUUGGAUGAUUUUUCUAUUUAUUAUUAUUAAUAUUAUAAUAAUUAUUAUUGUGCUUUCACUUAGAAGCAAACAUUUGAGAUAGGAACCUGUUUGUGGGCAGGUGACUCAAUUUGUUUCACAGGAGGUAACAGUUUGGCAGAAAAAGCAUCUAAUAUAAUAAGGACAGCCAAACUCUGGGUUAUUCAAAACAACCACAAAGCUAUUCCUAAGUCUAUUUAGCUUGAUAGUAACCACAAAUUGCCAUAAACAACGAAUAACGAAUAGCAUCAGUGUCGCAGUGUUAUAGCACUUUAUAAAAUGGAUAUUUUCAUGCAAACAGUGGGGCAACACAUGUAGACAGACGAUAAAAUAAUUCAGACACUUAUAUUUGCAUAAAAUGAAUUGUAUAACUGCAACUUCCAGUCAUUUAUCUGUGUGGGUGUUCUACAGCCCCUUGGUAGCCAAGGUGCGCAUAUUAGAAGGAGCAGCAUAAUUUCCAUUUCAUUGAAGCAAAACAAAUGUUGCAAAAACGGUUUGUUUCCUGUGAUUCUAUUUAAUUAUGUCCUGAAUAUACGUUUUUAUGAAGUACAGUUUAAGAUUUUACUUAUUUAAAAUGAAAAUUGAUUAAAAAAAAUAACUGGGGAACUGGAACCAAUUAAUGGCAUUGCUGUUUAUUUUAAAUGGGAAUGAUGAGUUGAGAUGUGUUUUGAGUUAAGAGGAUAGUCACUGUAAGAUGAUAGUCAGUCACAACUGAAUUAAACUUGUUUCUCAAGGCACCAGUGUAUUUUUAAAUGGUUGUCACAAUUUUUCUUGACUUCUGAUUUCAAAUUCACUUUCAGCAUGAUAGCGCUUAUUAAUCCUGUGUGGCUCGAAAAAUGGAAUCCAUUUCAAAAUGUGAAUCAGGUCUUGACCUGCUUUCCAUGGUACCACGUUGCUUUUUGUGCAAACGAGUCACGCCUGCGUUCUACCAGAAGACCCAAAACUGGCUUACCUGCUAUCUAGAUUUGUGCAACAGCGUAGAUACUGUAUGGUUUAAAAAAAAAAACUCUAAUAAUAUUGCUAUGUUUGUUAUUCCUGUGUCAUCGAGGCAAGACAAGACUGUAAAUUGCGGUACUAUUUACAAAGUAACAUUUAAAUACAGACGCUGGGUUUUAGACUAAUGUUGGAAUCAACAGAUACAAGAUGCUAUUUUAUAUUAUUCUCAAAAGGCCUUGAGUCUGUAGUAUUUAUUGUGUCAAUUAUCUGCACUGCCGGAAAGCGAUUUGAUAAGAGCAAAAUUGGGAUGAGCAGCCUGAGAGGUCACGAAAUGAGUGAAAGCUGGGAAGAUUUAAGGGUUCAGGGGCUACAUUCACCCCAUAGUGGGCCAGACCAGUAUUUUCGGGGUCACAUGAACUAUUUAAAACCAACAACCCCUCAAAAUGCCCAAUAUUUAUUUGUGUUUGAAAAGAUUUCCAUUUUUGAUCAUCGUGUUACAAAUCAUACGAGCAGUCUGAAAUUUCUGAGCAGAAAAGCUAUUUCAAUAUUUCAAUCGGUUUUAUCAUUUAAACAUGUGCAACUUAAAGAUCGAUGUGAAUCUACCAGUAAAUACAUACUGUUCGAUAAACACUUUCAAAUAUUUGUAGGUUUUAAACCUGCGUCUGAAAAUCUUGUCACACUCAACUGACUCACACUGUCCAAACUCAAGCGCCCUCAGUUGUCCCUCACAUGAAAAGACACUGAAGUUGUGGUGAUGCAUGCGAAUGACAAAGAAGCGAUCGACCAAACCAGCCUCUUUUCAACUCAAGCAGUCGAGUGAUGCUUUGCCGUACUCGCUGUCUUCAGAUAUUUCGACAGGGAGGUGUUAAUUUUCACAAAAAGACAUUCUUCAUCGUGCCCAAGUGGCACAGCAGCAUGUCGUGUGGUGUACAAUCGCGUUGCUCCGGAAACUUACUUUCAGCGUUCCCAAAUGCAACAAUGUCAGGCCUCAAAUCUUGAGUAACAGCCAAGUUCAGAAUGUCAUUAAAGUGGUUCUCAGUGCACCUUUCAGUGGACAAAAUGACCACCAAUAUUUUACGCUUAUCGAAAUCGCCUUGAGUAUAAGCUAUCGAGCAGCCGUGCCGGUUUGGGGAACCCCCUCAAGUGUCCAGAGGACCGUUUGUUUGACACACUUGGGUUAAAAAGACAAGCGAAGACAUUUUAGACUGAGCCUGUGUGCGAGUGUGUGUGUGUGUGUGUGUGUGUGUGAGAGAGAGAAAGAAAGAAAUGAUGGAAUCCAAAUGUAUUUCUAAAUAUAUAAAGUCGAGCUGAACAUACUUCAUUUGUGUAUCUUUGUUUUAACUGUGUUUCUGUUCAAUGGUGGUCAUGAUGAGGUGCAACACUGGGACUUUUGGUAAUCCAUAACAAUCAAUGGUAACAUUUUCAGUCUAUCAAAUUUGCCCACCCUCACUUUUUUUUUAAUGGUCAUUGUUUUCACACUUAACUGCAUGCAAGUGUCUGUUUUUCAAGAGAGGAAAGAGCAGUCGCGCUUGUCUCUUUUUAUAUGCGUUGUUUUUCGUUGUUGUUUUUUUUUUUUCAAGGAAGCCGAAUUUGCUGUGAGUUGUCCAUCCUGUAAGUUGUCGACCUCGUGUUGUCUUUCCAGAGACUUGCUCUGACAUUUGGGAGACAUCGAGUGCUUGCGUCCCUUUUACAAAUCCACAUCUCUAAGAGCAGAUUUGUAAAUAAACGUGACUUUUGUGAAACAUUU